AUGCAAGUCCGGCAAUCCUGGCUCCGGUAUCUUGCCUAUAUCAGCAUCUUUUUUCUGGUCACCGUCUUCGUCUUUCUCAUAGUCCAGAUUGUCAUACUGUUGAUACAUGAGGAAAGGGAUUACUCGAUUUGGUGGAUGUUUGUACUGGGCGUCUGCCUAGCAAUUGCUGGUCAAUUUGCUGCGUAUUCCUAUGCGUUUAUGCCUUUGAUUCGAUGGAAAAAGAACAAAAGGACCCAAGAAGCACAUUCACGAACAACGGCCUAUGGCAUUUGGUUUUUGAGCAUUCAAAGUCUGUGGUACUCCCUGUACGGUGUGCUGUACUUUUGGUUCUUCGGCGUCAAUACGUGGGACCAAUUCACGAACAUGCUGGCGGUUGAUUACCCCAUGCGUUUUCUCCUGUGCCUCAUUUUCACGUUCUCUCCCCCGUCAUGGAUUAUUGACUGCAUGUCAUCACACUUGUCGUCUCACAAUCAAGCCAACCUCAAUACCACACCAGGCACACUCAGUCAGAACAUUCCCGAUACUUAUAUGCCAACAUUACUAAACGACGAACGAUACAACGUCUUUGGCGAAGACGAGGAGGCCAAAACGAGCAGCAGGAUUGCUAUGAUUACGACCGCCUCCACCCCAAAACCAGAGCCUUCAUACAGCCCAUCCUCUUAG